AUGUCGCGAGUGGAGGGGAGGGUCGUAUCGCUGCGGGGGGUAGGGGGGAACCCCAGCCGCUCGCCGGGGGCUGGAGCUGCGCCACUGGGCCUCUCCCGUGGCUCGGGGAGAGGCAGGCCACCCCCGGCUGCGAGCCCUGACGCUCGGCCCUCCCUGGGCACCCCUGCCCGGCGCGGUGUGUGGGCGGCGGCGGCGGCGGCGCGGGCGCGCGGCGGCGGGGGCGCGCGAGCGGGGCGGUGUGGGGCUCGAGGGCGCGUCCACGUGGCCAACGGGCGGCCACCCGGAGCCGGCGGCGGCGGAGGGACAGGUAGGUGCCUGCCACCACCCCCCGCCCCCGCCGCCCGUGCGAGGCCAGCCUGCUCAUCUGCCCCGGGGUCGGGCAUCCCCGGGGGUCGCCUUGGCCUUCCAGGGGUCGGGCCCUGCCCCCGCCUUCUCCGGCGCCCGCCCGACUGGUCCUUCGUGCUCGGCGCCUCGGCGGCCAGCCCCCUACCCGUGGGGACCCUUUGUGGUGGAGAAGCAGCCCCGGCGCCUCCGUCCACUGGGGGGGUGGGCGGCGGGGCGGGGGCGGUAUCCCUGGUUGGGGGCAGGGCAAACCGGGCCGGCAGAACCGUGCGGGGCAUUGGGGAGCGGGUGCGGGAGCCCUGUCUCUGCCAGUGUCUGCCCGCAUCCUCGGGCUCCGCAGGGCUGGCUCAGAGAGGCUCGGUUGGCCAGAGGCUCCCGCUUCCAGGCUGUGCUUUGGAGCGGGCAUUUGGGCUCCACAGCGUGCCUCUCCAGCUCUGGCAUUCAGGGUCCAGGAUGCGGACCUUGACAAAAGAGCCUGGGAGAGCCGAGCGGUCUUGAGCUGAAACUUAGCAGUUCCAAGCUGGGUCUGCUCCUGGUUCUGGCAAAUGCAAUCCCCCCCACCCCGUUUCUUCUGGGCUGCCUUGGUUUGGUUCCUCGCCACCCCCUCCAAGGUGGGGUAACUUGUGUCUCUCUUGGGGCUUGGGCACCGAUAGGGGGGCCCUGAGCCCUGCCCUGUUGGCUGCCACGCCACGGCUCUGCUGUCUUGGCUGCCUGGAGCUGGGUGUGGCCUCGGGGUGAAGACCCAGCCAAGCCCGGUGCUGCUCCUGGGGUCCCCCGGUUUGUCUCGCCAGAGUCUCAGCCAACCCUGCCUCUCCCCUUCACCAGCUACCGUCUGGCUUUGGAGGGGGCUGCGUGCACCCCUGCCCUGGGCAUCCAUCUGGUUGUGCCUGGGCAGAGCCUGACGUCUGUCUGUCUCUGUGCAUUGCUGCGGGGGCCGGCACCACUCGGCUUUUGUGUGGCAGCUUGUAGCCCAGAUUGCAGGCUCCCGGUCAGCCGGCAGACAGAGGCCCUUGGGGCAAGGAGGCAGCUGGGGCGCGGAGGGUGGAUUGGUGUCCCUGGGUGCUGUCUGGGCUCAGGCUUUGAUGCCUCAGACCUCUGAUGUCCUGACACCCCAACGUCCCAUUUGCCAUCGUUUUCUCACUCCCUUGUCUCCUCCCUGCCCCCCCUCCCCAACUAGGGUGAGAGGCAGCUCCGUGGCCUUGAGUGGCCCGCGGUUGGGUUGCGCCUGUGUGUGGCUGGCCACCCUCGGGCCUGGGAUCUGCUGUUCGGCUUCUCCUUCCUGGAGGGCCUCCCACCCUGCCUCUCCCAGUAUCUGGCGCCGUGGCCCGCUUGGGUGUGGCCCAGCUGAGGCGAGGCCUCCCGGCUGCUUGCCAGCAGUGGGUGGGGGGUGAUUGAUGGCCCCCAAGCCUGCCUGUGCUUGUGGCUCCCUUGUGCACCCUGGCAGACGCCCCUCCUUUCUCCCAGCUGGGGCUGCCAUCUGGGGCCCUGGUGCGGUGGCAGGUGACCGGCCUCCACCCUCUGGGCCAUGGUUCUGGGCCGGCCAGAGGCCCGAGGCCAGGCCGGGGGGUGGGCCUGUGACUGGCCCCUGCU